AUGUGCGGUUUAACGCGUCUCUUCUGCGUGGUCUGCACGGCGAAUGACCUGUACCUCUUCCAUCGCUGCAACGGUAUCGAGGAUGACAAGUACUACGAUCCUAAAGGCGACAAACCUCUCCCCCCAGGCCACCGCUUCUAUUGCCCGGAGAUGACCUGGCCCCUCGCCCCAUCACCCCAAGACAUGAGCCUUCAUGUUUGCGAUGUUUGCCUUCGAAGGGCUAUUAUCUGGUACAACAACAUCAGCGAGGCCAAGAAGAUCAACGAUGACGCCCGGAGAGAGCACUCUAGAUAUCCUCGGCCGGCGAUCGCUGCAAGUGAAGAGACCGAUGACGACGAGAUGGAAUUUGCCGAUACUGACUUCCCGCCCGACUGGAAGUAUGUCAGUCAGAGCAUCAAGCGCAUGGUGUAUCACAAGCAUUGCAAGAACAAGAUUGCCAACGCAGAUGCACACUGGGAGACCCGACUCAGCGAGCUUUCCCACCGGAGCCUUACCCUGUGGGUGCCCUGCUGCAACCUCUGCAAGACGCCUACCUUCACUCCAAAUGGGGGAAUCGAGGGAAUUGAGAUGGAGCCGAGUUCCGUCUUCUGGAAGUGGAUGUGCCAACUCAAGAACGAGAACGUGGUCCAGAUGCAGAUUGCCACCGGGUUCCUGACCAAACCCUGCAUUCGCUGCGCCAAAGCUGAGCUCGCUCUCCGCCGGAAAGUCACCCAGCUCGUCGAAACAGAUGGAAGUCGAUUCGAAGCCUGGGCUGUCUGGAUUUGGCUAUCAAUGCGGGGAUCAUAUGAUGUCGACUUCUGGAAGCACGAGUCCAUCAACGUCGGCAUUCCGGAGUGUCCGACCCCUCCUGCCGAGGACUUCAUGAAGCUGAUGACCGUCGGUUGGAGAACCCGCACUGGCACCAUCUGGGAAGACCUCGUCGAUCUGGAGGCCCCGGCUACAUGCUCAUUCCUGUCGCUGAUGCAUAAGACCCCGUUCAAUGCGCUCUCGCAAUGGACCAACUUCGCCGGCAAACCAUGCGAUGCAGCUGCCCCCGAGGUCCAAGCUCCCCCCUCGCCCAUGGCCACCAGAGAAAGCACACCCACCGGUCCAGACGCCUUGGAGUCCGAACCCGGCCUCCAGUCUCCUGCAUCAUCGGCAACCAUUGAUUAUGAGGAACCUGUUGUCAUCAGGGACGAUGAUAGCGACAAUAUUACGGAAGCAUCUACCGGCCCGCGAGAAGGGGAUAAUGAAACGGCCUACGAUAAAGAGCAACGCAAAACUCGCGAUGCAGGGCUGUUAACCCCGGUCUACGUGGCAGCGAUGAUACCCCAAGAGUAUAAUAGAUACGUGUCGAAGAUGAAGCAUCAAUGCCAGCCUGUGCCAGACCCUCAUGGAAGCGAGGCACAAGUACACAUGGUUGUGGUGCAAGGCAUGUAUGUUGAUGAGGACGGUAGAGCUGCUCGGUGGGUGAAGAACAGGCUUGCCCGUGACGGGACCGCCAUGCGUCAUGGCCGUUAUAUCCACUCGACUUGUCAGAACCGUCGGAAACGUCGGAGAGGUGCGUCGAGCGACUCUGGCCCGCCUGCCAAACGGGUCCAUUGGGAGGAAGCUCCUACACCACCUCGUUCAGUCAGGCAAGAUAGCCGAGAUGGAUUGUUGCCCAAGGACGAUACUGCAAUGCCGGAUCAACAACGCAGCGGCAGAGCCACGCCGUCUCGGGAGAAGGCGCAGGCUGGUCGGAUGAAUGGUAGUGUUGAGCCCAUGGAGUCCUUGGAAGGCACGGCGGGCGACAACCACCAUCUCGCUGGCAACAAGCAAUCCGCCCAGCAGACGAAUCGCCAGCCUCUACCUACCUUCGAGAAAGCUGGCAAUGGCGAUUAUCUUUCUGGCGACCAGGGAUCUGCUCAGUAUCAUAAUCGCCCAUCCUCGCCGGCCUUCGAAGAUAUCGGGGAUGAAGACGACCUCUUUGGCGACAAGGAGUUCGCUCGCUAUGAGGAAGUCCAGGCUCAAACCGAUGCCAGCUCGGGCCAAGAAGAGGAAGAUGUCGUGAUGGAAGAUGUGCUCGUUAACGAAAAUGACGAGGGCACUUUCAACAUUUGCAGCGCCAAGUGCUACCAUCUUCAGGGUAACAUCAAACCAAGCUCGAUGUGGUCGUUGGAAUUCGGCGUGGAUCGCAUUGAGCCCAUCCAGGGAGUUGAGGAGUGA